AUGUGCUAUUAUGAUGAAUUUCGUUGGACAUGCGGUUGGAGAUGGCGCUACUUCCGACAGGAGUGCAAAAGCCAGCAGCUGAUACACGUCAUGUGUGAUCAAGAGUUCAUCCGUGAGACGUGGGCCUAUCCCGACGUGUGUGGCCUCUGUCACGACACCGAGGCCAAGCAGCGCCAGUACGACAAGAUGUUCCGUGAUGUCCAGCAGCGGCAGCGUGACGGUGACCGGAGUGGUAUGAUUGAGGAAAUUGGCAGUAAAAUGCACGCUUUGAAGCAAGAGAUCUUUUGGAUGAAGGGAGACCACGAACGCAAGCUUCAAAGU